AUGUUGGAUCUGGGGGAGAUGGAAACAGAGAAUGGAGGGGGUGAUGGAUAUAUCAUGGGUGCGUGGGUGGAUGGGGUGUGUGGACGGGACGUUGGAAGGAAAAAUGGGUUUGUGAUUGUCAUCAAGACAUCAGACUAUGGUGGUGGUCAUAGGACACCGAGGAUAUUUCUUGCUUGUGAGAGAAGUGGUCAAUACAGAGCUCAUAAGAAAUUAGCAGGAGAUGAUUCAAGCAAAAAAAUUGUGAAGAUAACAGGUACAAAGAAAUGCGGGUGUCCCUUUGAGUUAAGGGCUCGUAAGUUGAUGGCUGAUGAUGAUUGGAUGGUAGAUGUAGCAUGUGGAAUGCAUAAUCAUGCUCCUGCUAAAAAUUUUGAAGGACAUUCAUUUGCAGGGAGAUUAUCUGAGGAGGAAAAAUCAUUAUUAGUGGAUAUGUCGAAAAGCAUGGUCAGACCGAAAGAGAUUUUGGUUACAUUGAAACGAAAGGAUGCUUUGAAUGUAACCACUAUGAAAACCAUUUACAAUGUACGUCAUAGGAAUAAUGUUAUUGAGAAAGCUGGGAGAUCACAAAUGCAACAUUUGUUGGGUGAGUUAGAAAAGCAUAAUUACAUUGAGCGGCAUAGGUGUGACAACAACACGAUGACUAUCACAAACUUGUUUUGGGCACGUCCUGUCAGUUCAGAUUUGCUCCGUUCAUUUCCAAAAGUGUUGAUCAUGGACUGCACAUAUAAGACAAAUCGAUAUCGUCUUCCUCUUCUUGAGAUAGUUGGAGUGACAUCCACUGAUAUGUCAUUCUCCGUAGCCUUUGCAUAUCUCCAAUUUGAGCGAAUUGAUAACUACGUUUGGGUGUUAACUACAUUGCGUAGUCUCUUGGAUGACAUUGGUAUUCCUGAGGUGAUUGUCACGGACAGGGAGCUUGCUUUGAUGAAUGCUAUUGACAGGGUAUUUUCUACAUCUCGACAUUUAUUAUGCCGAUGGCAUAUUAGUAGAAAUGUACUGGCGAAAUGUAAGAAAAUGUUUAAGAGUAAGGAGGAAUGGGACAAGUUUAUCUCUUUAUGGAAUUUUUUAGUACUCUCCUCAACUGAGCUUGAAUACAAUGAACAUCUUGCUAGGCUACUUGCGGAUUUUGAUACAUAUCCUGAGGCAGUGCAAUAUGUGUCACAAAGUUGGUUAAUUCCAUAUAAGGAUAAGUUUGUUGCCGUAUGGACAGAUAGUUGUAUGCACUUCGGGAAUGUUACAACCAAUAGGGCUGAAAGUGCACAUGCAAAACUGAAACGACAACUUGGUUCUAACCAAGUAAAUUUUGAGUGUUCUUGGACCAAGAUCCAUAGUUUGCUUGAGUUGCAGCAUGUUGAUAUUAAGGCAUCAUUUGAGAAGAGCUUAACCAUUGUACAACACCAGUUCAAACCAUCCCAUUUUAGAGAGCUCCGAGGCAAUAUCUCUAUUACUGCAUUAGAUCAUGUCUUAGCGGAGAAUAAGCGAGCGAAUGAUGUUGUCAUUGAUGCUUCAUUGGAAAUUCUGUAUAAGUUAGGAGAGAUUGCAGAUCCGCAAAGUAGUUUUCUCAUUGAGCCGGAUGUGAAGCCCAACCCUCGAGGUAAGGGACAUAAGAAGAUAGAUGUAUCUACGCGUCGAGACUCAUGUGCAUUUGAGCUAGUUCAGUCUGGACAUGAUAGCCACUCACCUAUGGGCACCCAGAUCCCCACACAAGAUUCUAUCAAAUCACAUAAAAAACGGCCUGCCAAAGAGCAGGUAUAUCGGACGCGUACAAGUACAACUUAUUCAUAUGUUGAUGCCCUUCCAGUAUAUCGGACGCGUACAAGUACAACUUAUUCAUAUGUUGAUGCCCUUCCAGUUGGAUUGAAGCCUUACAUACGUCUUAUCAAGGAUGUAGAUGCCGAUGGCAAUUGCGGGUUUAGGGCCAUUGCUAGCUUGAUGGGGCUUACAGAGGCUGAAUGGGGUCAAGUCAGGAUUGAAGAGCUGACCCAUAUUCUAUCAUUCUUUGAGGCUAAUCCAGGGUAUCACCGUUGGAUGACUAUGCCUGACAUGGGUCAUCUUAUUGCAUCUUGUUAUAAUGUGGUAUUGUACCACUUAUCUGCACAACAAUGCCUUACUUUCCUCCCUCUACGAUCAGUGCCAAUAUCACAACUUCAACGGCGUGAGAUUGCUAUUGGGUUUGUUAAUGGGAAUCAUUUUGUCCAGGUGUUCAUGUUACCGAGUCAUCUAGUUCCACCAAUAGCUACCAAUUGGUGCAAGUUUCAUCAUUCUUGUGCGGCUGGAUGGGAUACUGCAUAUAGUCGCCGAAUUGAGCAUUUUAAACAAGUUGUUCAUUCAGGGGUAGCUACUAGAGAGACAUUUGAUUGUAUUAACCUCGAUGAGUAA